GAGCCGUAGAUCCAGCACAGCAAUUGCAAACGCUCCUUGCAAGCUCCAAGAGCACUCUCACCAAUGUGGACAUAUCCACCAUUCUGAAUGCAAGUACUUGGAACAUGCUCCCUGAGGAGGCACGGGCACGAUUAUGCACUCUCCUGCCCCCUACCGCCUUCACGGACUUUGUGCCCACUGUCCACCCGAGUCACCCUUCAUGCACACAGGGCACCGUAUCUAAUAUUCACGAAGAUGUCGAAAUGAGGACUGCUGCUGCUACAUCACUCGAAAAGUUAGAUACUUCCUUUUUCACCGACGGUCACUUCUUGGCAGCUGCUCGUACUUUCCAGGACCAUCUGUACACCGGGUGGCUGGCAGAUGCACACAAGGAGAAAGUGCAGAAAUACGAGAGUGGCGUGAGGGAUGGCACGCUGCACGCGCCUUGGAAAGACGAGGUAUGGGAGCGAGACCAUCGCUCUGCGCCUGAAGAGGCAGAUCAACAAACAGAGCCAUCGUCGCGCCAACCGGAUGCCAUAGCUCGCGCUGGCGAUGCCGCCGAACUGAAGCUCGUCGACCUCGCUAAGAAUUCCGUGAUCAGGAAGGGCGACGUGCUGGCAUACAAGCGUGUAUUCUCACAACUCAACCUUGUUAUUGAGAAGGAUGUCAUCAUCCAAUCUGUUCACUCUCGAUCCUACGCUAUCACCGUUCUAAUCGAACCUGGUACCACGAAAUCACUACCCCCGGAGCUAUUGGCGGCGAAUCCAGCCGACCCAGAUGGGCCAACCAAGAGCAUGACGGUAACCAGCCCGAAUAUGCUGGAAAAUGGGAUUCUUGACGUGGACGGUAGAAUCGAAAGGAGCCGGAGGCCUAACGGGAAUGCCUGGAAAUGCCUAACUGUAUGGCGGUGGAGGCAAGAGCCAGAAGGUGACGUGGAUAUGCUUGCGUUUGAAGAGCGCGGUGGGAGGGAGAACCAUGGAACGCUGUUUUACCUACGAGGAUGUUUCUAUCACGACAGAUGAUAAUAAUACAGCGUUGCGUUUCGAUUCGAG